AUGUCCGGCCCAGAUAGGGACGUGUCUUGCGCGGAGCCGCCCGCUCCGCUAACCGCGUUUAACGAUCCAUCUCCGUCCUCAUCAGCAUCGCAGACCCAGCCUCAACGGCCAGAAGCAGCCUUGGCAGCCCGGCCCGCGGAAUCCCCCGAGUACGAGCAGCAGCAUCACCACAAUCACAAUCACGGCGUCGACAGCAACAGCGGCCUCGUCGACGGCAGCGAUGACAACCACAAUCACAAUGCCGACAACAUCGACGGCGCCCACGACGCCGACGCCGACGCCGACCUCCCGCCCUUCGAGCCCAUCUUCACCCUCCUGACCAACAACACCACAAACACCACCGUCCACCCUCGCGUCCACUACCUCUUCAGCGACGACGACGCCUCUGCCGUCCUCACCGCCCCGCAAACCGACCCUUUGCACCGCGCCCUCGUCGUCGACCUCGCUCCCCCUGCGGCCCCCAACGGCAAAUGGACCGUCUCCUGGGCUUCCAGCCUCACCCCCGACUUCGCCAUCACAGCCUCGCAGCUCUCCCUCCAGCAACACGGUAGCGGCAGCGAGGGCAAUGACGCCGAGGCUGGGUCAAAGUCGGUCGUGCUUCGUGUUGAAGGCGUAGAGCGCGAAGCUGUUGCCUCGAGGCCCAAUAGCCUCCCUAGCUCGGGCAGCGGUAUUGUCGGCCGGGAAAACGUCGACCAGCUUACCGAGGAGUUUAAGCGUCGCAUGGGUGUGCUCAAGAAGGUCGUUGACGAGGGCGAGAGGAGGAGAGAAGCGAUGAGUAGGCUGAAUGAAGGGAGGGUGCAGCAGCAUCCUGACCAAGGCGAGGAUGCGGCAGCAAUGCAUGACGAUGCCGGUGAGAGGAGUGUGCCAGAAGGACAGGAUGGAUGA